AUGACCCUCGGCUCAACCCCGGAGACCGCUGCUAUUGAGCGGGUACAGGCUAUGCUCAUGCUUGGGCUUUAUGAAUGGGGGCAGACAGGACCACAACCAGGGGCCCUUGGAGCCUGGAUGUCCAUCGGUGGUGCCAUCAGACUGGCUCAGUUCUUGAAGCUGAGCCUCGUGGAUGAGCCGACCGGGUCAGCAAACGCACGUGCCGGCCAAGAUCCUUCCCGGGAACCGCACUUGAUUCUCGAACGUGAAAUUAUGCGGCGCACUAUGUUUGGCUGCUUUAUGCUGGACCGCAUGCUUGCGUGUGGGAAAGGCAGGGUCACCAUGAUUCAACGUGAGGACCUCUGCAUUCAACUGCCCUGCUCCGAGGAUAAGUUUGACCUAGAGAUCGAGCUUAACACGGGAAUGCUGCCCUCGCGUAGUUGCGAGCAAGAAGAGCCCCGCCAAACCAAUGACGACAGUAUACUGAGCAGGUUUAUCCAUCUGGUCGACAUUUGUGGGGACAUCUCCCGGUAUAGUUCGGAUGGUGGCCGCCUGACAGAAAAACACCCACCCUGGGAUUCGCGGACGGCUUUCUACAAGCUCAAUCGACGGCUUCAGCAAUUUGAUGCAUCUCUGCCCGGUGCCUUCCGGUUUUCGGAAUCCAACUAUCAGUACCAGGUUCUGAUCUGCCGUAGACCCGAGUGCCGACACGCCAUCUCACCACAUGGAGCCCAGGUUACUGCACAUCUCUGGAACAAGCACAGCGUUCCGCUAGCCGACCGAUUAGGACUUACAGAGCAUAUACGCGACAACUACCCUCAAGGCUUGCGCAGGCCUACAGAUGCGGUUCUACCUCCCUGUGGUUCCAAGCCACAUCCGGAUCUCCAGAUCUAUGAUGGCUUCAGCUGCCGCAAGUGCGUCUUCUUCACGACUAGCUUCCACGAGCUUACAAGGCACCUCUCUCACAACCACCUCGACGGGGAAACCGCGACCCGGCCGCGAAUCGGCCUGCUCUACGACGACGUUUACCUACAGUCUUGGGCGGGCGGGCCUGAUCGACGAUAUUGGACCGUUACUGGUGCAGAUGGGAGUACAGUCCGGCCAGUGCCCGGCCGUGAACCCGAACGGCAUUCUCCCAAGGCGCCUAGAAGGCCUAUUGUCUCGGACUUCGACAUAGCAAGGAAAGACCCGCAUGAUAAACGGACUGCUAUCUCUCAGAGCAAGCCAUGGCUUGACCGGACGGGAUGGCCUCAGAUCUUCGAGGGCGCCAACUGUGCAGUACUAGUAGCCCUCACAGCUACACCUUCGAACCCGCCUACUAGGCUCCUGCACCUUGGAAAGGGGCUCCAUCCUGCGACCGCUCCAUACAUCAGCACACGAGGAGAUGAGGUGAAGAUAUCUGGGCUCAUUACUAUGGCCGACUGGAUACUCUCUCGCUGUGAGGAGACAGCCCGCGGAACGUCCCGCUCGGUUCUCUGCUGGUUCCGGAGCCUUCACCCGGAUAAGAUAUAUCCAAAGCCAUUCACUCUAGUAUCAGCAAAGUCUAGCCGACGCAGAUAUCUGCAGGUCUUCCAGCGUUUCAUAGCCUUCGUCUUCCGUGUUUAUCGCUUACCAGACUUUCAGCGUCACGACCUUCUCUCCGUCCGAUUUGACUCAGAACAGCAGCAGCUACUUCGAGCUAUCUGGUUCCACGAAGCCUGGAGUGGGGAACAGCUUCUUCGAUGGAUUCUAGCCGGGAAACCGGCUUGUCAGCCACGGUUAACCCCUACGAUGGAGCGGUCUGCAACAAAAACCAGCCAGCAUCCAGAAUAUAAAACAGAACAGAAACAUAACACGUCAAACCUCUCCUCGGCUAAACCACAAUCGAGAAAACGGUCAUUUACUACCUAUCAGCAAGCCGCCAAGAUUGAUUUCGAACGGGCGAGUACGAGGAGUAGUCAAGAUAUUGACGAGGACGAAGAUGAGAGCGACUAUUUUGACGAGGACUUGAGCGACUCGGAUUUCAGCGACGGACAGAGCGAAACAGGGGAUAGUGUCCAAAACACUAGUAUCCCUAAGCAUCAGGCCAGCUUCUUCGAACCACCACUAGGCCGACUUCUCGAAUUACUCUUCAAGCUAGCGAUCACUUUCUGCACCGAGGACUUCAUCGACGGCCAUCCCAACUCAACACAUCUCGUCUCUUCAGUAGUAUUCUCGGCAUUAAAUCCGAUAGCCAAGGGUUUCGAACGGCAAGGCUGUAUACUCCGACCCUCUCAGCCUUAA